UACUUCCCCGGAAGGCGGAGCUGAAAACCCGGAUAAAGGAUCGGGAACUGUCAGGGAGCACACUGCGCUUGCGCUUGGAAGGGCCGGAAGUCGGAGAGGGAGUGACCCAGCUUCCGUUUCUGAUUUUCCGCCAGUGUUGGGUAUCUUCGCAGUCGACCAAGAUGAACCGAUUCUUCGGGAAAGCGAAGCCCAAGGCUCCGCCGCCCAGCCUGACUGACUGCAUCGGCACGGUGGAUAGCAGGGCAGAAUCCAUUGACAAAAAGAUUUCCCGAUUGGAUGCUGAGCUAGUGAAGUAUAAGGAUCAGAUCAAGAAGAUGAGAGAGGGUCCUGCCAAGAAUAUGGUCAAGCAGAAAGCCCUGCGGGUUUUAAAGCAAAAGCGGAUGUAUGAGCAGCAACGGGACAACCUUGCCCAGCAGUCCUUUAACAUGGAGCAAGCCAACUAUACCAUCCAGUCAUUGAAGGACACCAAGACCACGGUUGAUGCAAUGAAAUUGGGAGUAAAGGAAAUGAAGAAGGCAUACAAGCAAGUGAAAAUCGACCAGAUUGAGGAUUUACAAGACCAGCUAGAGGAUAUGAUGGAAGAUGCAAAUGAAAUCCAAGAAGCACUGAGUCGAAGUUACGGCACCCCAGAAUUAGAUGAAGAUGACCUAGAAGCAGAAUUGGAUGCACUUGGUGAUGAGCUUCUAGCUGAUGAAGAUAGCUCUUACUUGGAUGAAGCAGCAUCUGCACCUGCAAUUCCAGAAGGUGUUCCCACAGACACGAAAAACAAGGAUGGAGUUCUGGUGGAUGAAUUUGGAUUGCCACAGAUCCCUGCUUCAUAAACUUGCAUCAGUCAAGUUCAUCAUGUAAAACACAUACAUAUUCUGGGACUAGGAAAUGUUUCCAAAUUUGCCGUAACAAAUUUAGAUUCCUUUUCUCUAGGAAAGGUUAAUUUCACUGCUCCUUGAUGAUUACUUUUUCCAUUAAGAAACAUUGCUUGGGGGAGCUUUCUUUGUACUAAAAUUGGAUUCUUUUUGUCUUAGGGCAGACUAACUUAAAAGUAUCUUUGACUUUAUAUGACUUGUUUUCACUUAUUAAUAAUAAUCUGAAAUAAAGCCAAGGAGAUGAGAAUCUAAGUUCUAUGACAGUGUAGGUCUACAGUCUCAUUGUGACCUAAGUAAUUGAUAAUAUAAAGAUGAGAUUUUUGAGACUAUUCAUAUUAUGACUCAAAACCAUUUUCUGUUAUAUUAUUGGUGGGUUAAAGUGGUGGCCCUUUUUGAUAGAUUUUCUUGUGUCUUGUGAGCAAAUCAUUACUGUGUCCAAUAUUGGAAUGGAAUUAUCACUAUUGUGUCAUGAAGUGGAUAUUUUGGUUCUAUGGUUUCCACAGUAUUAUAGCUUGAGUUGUAAUCAAUAAUGAAUAUUUCUUGAUAUUUAAUGUAUAGGACAUUUAUUUAUACUCAAUAAAUAUUUUUCAAAAGGAUAUAGUUUUA